AAUCCAACAUUUCAUUUAGCGGAAAUAGAAGGAAGAAGGAACUGCUUUAAUCUGAAAGUCACCUGGACAUUCCCUUGGGGUGGGGCCUCAGAGUAUAAAGCAUAUAAAGGUUAUGAUGUUAGACACAACAUCGCUAACUCCACAUCUCCAAGAGCAUCUGAAGUCUUCCUGGGUAUCUUCAAAGAUACAGAGAUGCUUCUCUCUGUCCUUCUUGUGUUGGGUGUCUGCCUGGUGCCUGCUCACUCUAAACCAGCAGGAGAAUAUCUCGGCAGUCCUCUCCUUCAAAGCUGCUUUCAGGAGGCAAAGAAAAUAGUGGAUGAUGCCUACAAGUACUCCAGAGAAGAGAGUCUGAAACGAGUCCGCAAGGAGGUGGUGAGUCCUCAUGAUGCUCUUCGUCUCCUGAAGCAGCCUCGCGGUGACACACGCUCAGCUGUGAGAUCUGCAGACUACAUGGCACAAACGCUCCGUCUGCUGCAAGAGAGGGUUCAUCGUGUGCACAAACGCUCACUCAACGCAACAGAUUUGCUCUCUGAUGUGGACCUGCAAACACUUGCCGCUAUAACUGGAUGUGCUGCUCGACUCAGACCUCCACAAUGCAGCACCACACCAAACCUUAACAAGUAUCGCACAAUCACCAGCGUCUGCAACAACCU